AUGCCCUCAGAUAUGCCACCGGGUUGCCCACAGACGAGUUGUCCUCUUCAGCAGGUUCUGCGUGUCCCCCUAAUGUUCAACGGAGACACACACACACCGCCCACUCCAACACCCGCCGGCUGGACGACCGGCCACGCAGUGGGCUUUGGAAGUGAAAACAACCAAACUCCCCAGUGUUGUACUUUUCUUAUGUGUGUGGAAGCUGAGCUUGAGGGGCGUCAAAAUAUGAAGGACCUUAUUUUAGUGGCGAAGCACGCCUUCGGACACGGAUCCCGGUGCAAUCACGUCGACAUCGUUACCGUGCCCGAUGAACAUGGAGGCGGCAAGGAACACAUUUUACAUCCCGUCGGAAGUGGAACUUCAGGUGUCGGUGGUUCGCUCUAUUUACGUGCUGGGUCUGUUUCUGGCAAUACUAAUGGUGGUGCUACAUACAUCAAUGCAGGACAUGGCUCCGCAAAUGAUGGCCAGGUUUACGUGAGACAUGGCACGUCAGCUAUCAUCUCUAUUUCGUCAACUUCCUUCUCCGCAUCCCACACAUCUGGUUCAGUGGCCGCAUCAUCUGGAAUAUCGAUUGCAAGUGGCGCAAUUGUUACACUUAGUGGUGACUCUGGAGUCACAUUCUCUUCCAGCUAUGUGUAUGGUUUCGAACGAACCACAUCCGCUGCUACGUUCAGAGACUAUCACACUAUCCAAUUCAAGAGUGACUGCUACCAGCAUCUUAUGGGUAACCGUCAAGACCAGGUGCUCGGGAGGCUAUGCAUUGGAACCUUCAGACCCAGAGGACCAAUGGACUGGAUCGGCUACAAUAGCACGGCCGCAGAGGUUCUAUCGCCCCAACCACUAUCCCACGCACGAGGGGCCUGGGUAAGGAGGGGCCCUGCGCAGUCACGGUCGGCCAUCGCUCCGGCGAUUAUAGCCGCGCCGGUGACUCAGGGGGAAUUGCCGGUUUGGAGAAUUGCCGGUUUGGUACCUUUGUAUGGGGCAUAA